AAGACCUAUUGAAACAAUCAACAAACAAACAAUAAAGAAUCAACUCAAAUUUAUGUCAAGGAUCUAAUGUCAAAUAAGUAGGGAUUUGAAUGUUUUGGACCGCAACUUUGAACGUCUCACAAGUCUAAAUUGCAGAAAUUAGGUUAUUAAAUAAUGUGACAAGACUGCCAAAAAUUAAAAAAUGUAUUCAAAAUUAUUACGAACCAAACUCGCUCACCUCACCCCAUUGAGAACCUACCAAACACGCAAGGAAGCCGUACAACAUGUGUCCAACACGCUGGCCAAAAACCUUCACCAAAGAAUCAAGGCAACCGGCCCCCUAACAGUGGCCGAAUACAUGAAACAAGUCCUCACACACCCGGGCGUCGGUUAUUACAUGCACCGCGACGUGUUCGGCGAGCAGGGCGACUUCAUCACCUCUCCCGAGAUCAGCCAGAUGUUCGGCGAGAUGCUGGGCGUCUGGAUGCUGAACGAGUGGCAGAAAUUCGGCUCGCCGACGCCGCUGCAAUUCGUCGAAAUGGGGCCGGGCAGGGGCACGUUGAGCGCCGACAUUUUGAAGGUGUUCGGACACUUUGACAAGCUGAACUCGGCCAGUCUGCACCUGGUCGAGUGUAGCCCGGCUUUGAGCGAGAUACAGGCUAGGAAGUUGUGCACAACUUACAGCAACAUCUCGGACAGCAAGAUUUACAGGGAUGGCAAACACAAGAGCGGCCUGUUGGUCAAGUGGUACCAGAAUUUGGCUGAUGUGCCCAAGGGAUUCAGCAUUUAUUUGGCGCAUGAGUUCUUCGACGCCCUGCCCAUUCACAAGUUCCACAAGACUAACCACGGAUUCAGGGAGGUGCUCAUUGAUAUUGAUGAGGAAACAGACAAGUUAAAAUUCAGGUAUGUUUUGGCAAAGAACAAAACCCCAAUGUUGAAGUAUGUCCAGAACGAGUUCGAGACAAGAAACCACAUUGAAAUCUCCCCAAACUCCAUGGUUAUUUGCGAAAACGUCUGCAAAAGGAUUGUCGAAAACGGAGGCAUGGCCCUAUUCUGCGAUUACGGCCACAACGGAGAAGGUACAGACACAUUCAGGGCGUUCAAGAAGCACAAACAGGUGAAUCCCCUGGAGAAUCCGGGCGAACACGACCUCACAGCCGACGUCGAUUUCAAAAUGUUCCGUCAGGUGGCGGAUAAAGUGGGUGGCGUGUUGACGUACGGGCCCGCCCAACAACGUAACUUCCUGCUGAAAGUGGGUUUGGAAUAUCGCAUGAAGAGUCUGCUGAAAUCGAUGGACGACGAUGAUCAAGCCGGCGCCUUAAGGAAGAGCUACGACAUGCUCACUAGUCCGGAUAAAAUGGGCAGUCGGUUCAAGUUCUUCGCCAUGUUCCCCGAGACGCUUAAGAAAGUCCUAGAUAAAUUUCCCGUUGUUGGUUUUUAGAUGUUAUUAAAGCGUUUAAUAAACGUUUUAGAUAAAUUUACUGUACUCUUGUUGAUGCUGAAGUCUGUGAUAUUUUGUUAAAUAAAAAUUUAUUUAGAAGUA